AUGGCGGUCCGUCAAUUCGUCUUGGCGAUGCCCAGUUUGUUCCUCUCCUUCACAUACAACCAUACAAAGGGUGGUUAUGUCACUAUAACCGACAUGACAGGUACCGAUCUGCAGGCUUUGAAAACAGAAAAAGGUUGGAAGACACACAUGGCAGGACAUUGUUACAUGUUGGAUGCCAUGAACCCGGACUUUCACAGUAUCCGAACUGGAAUUAGUUUUGUGGUCGAGUGCGAUGGAUUUUCUUGGGCAUCCCACAUGGACUUUGCCACAUCCAAAAACCUAUGCCGAGAUUUUUACUCCUUCUACCCUUACAGGGCUCAGCAACUCAGCUACUUUCAUACAAACCUCUUUCUCAACAUGACAAUCGCUGCUUGUCGCGCUGUUUUGCCAAAGUCCAUCGCUUCCAAGUUUCAGCUGAAAGGACAAUUCAUCGCAUGCAAGAGAGCAUCCGAAGGCGAUAUGCAAUGGUUGCUUCGUAUAAGCUUUAGCUAG